CUCUGGCGACGUCAACACUAACUAACGACGAACUCUAGGUCGUCCGCCUGCCUGCCUGCGCUGCCGACGUUCUAAAGCCGAAGAACGACCUCCCCACAACCCAUACGAACCACGCGCAGAUCCCCCGGACUCGGGCUGAAGCACAAACAGGGUUGAUGAUUCGCUGUAACGCGGCGCCUGUGAUUCCUGUUCCCCCAUCCCCUCCCAUCCUUCAAUCACCAGCGCCGCCAACACAGCAUCGGUUGUUGUCCCGUGAGACGGUGCUUGCUUGAAUUGACGACAGCGAUAACUACCUCGCACACUACACUACACACGCUCGAAACCGGCUCUCCUAGAUACAUCCAAGAUGCGCCACGACCCCCGCAUCCGCCAAACAUCGACCAUUUCUCGACCUCGCUUGAGUCCGCCGUCGAAAAUGCGCGCACCGGCUGCUCACCUUCACAAGUCAUACCUCGAGCCUUCAAAAACCACCAUCACCACCACCACCACCAUCACCACCGCCACCGCGCGCCGCAGCGCAGCGAGUUUUCCAUUCGCAUUCUACGACUAUGACGACUACGACAGCGACUCCGAUGAGCGUGCGUCGCGCGGGUUCCUAGCAUGGGGGACCGACGAGCUUGACCGCCUGCUGGCUGGGAGCGGGAGUCAAUCGCCGACGACGAGGAACGAGAGGAUGUUCUACGGCGCUGUGAACGAUGCGUCCGGUCCUAGCGGCCUGCUGAGGAAGAGCACGCACCCCGGCGGUGUGGGCCCGGACCCGACGGUGAUUCCUGGGACCAACAUGUUUGGGUUUCUUUCCUCGUUUGGGUUCCGCGGCAAGGGAAUGCGGUAUAAGCCGUCGGCGGCGAAUCUGCAGGAGCAUCCGCAGCGCAGCACGGCGGAUAUGACCUAUACGCGCGGCCAUGGGAGACAGAGGAGUGGGACGGAGUCGAGUUUGGCGAGUCAGGGCGAUAGUUUGAGGAGUCGCAUGGAUCUGUGGCCGAGUGAGGAUGAGGACGAUGCCGUCGUUAUCGGCGAUGAUGCGUUUCCGAGGAGUAGCGAUGGGGAGAGUACGCAUGCUAUGGGAUUGGGCAUUGGCACCGACGACGAUGACGGUGUGAGGUAUGAAGAUCUACUGAUAGAUGACGGGGAUGCACGGCGGCGGAUGUGGAGACACGCGAAACGACUCACCAUGCAACGGGGGCUGAGUUCAGAUAGCAUGGAAGAAAGCAAAGCCAGAAGCACCUAUAACCAAGGCUCCAGCAGUGCGCCACCCACAAUACUAGCCACCAGUCCUCCCGGCAGCAUCAGAUCCUAUGAAGCCAUGAGCAUCCAACAGCGAUCGUUAUCGCCACUGAGUGCGGGGGCACUGCGAAAAGAAAUGGAUAACGAGACGCCCAGGGCGCACCUGCAGAUGAGGCAGGUAUCAGCACCUUCACCCAUCCAUACCCCGUCGUCACCACGACCUCCAUCGGAAUGUGCCAGUGAUUCCACGCCGAGGGCUUCUGCGUCGGGGAUCUUGAUGGUUCCGCCGUCGCCGUCAUUUUCACAAGCGGAUCCUGAUGACGAAUAGGAUAUGGCAAGUGUUGAGUAAAGUUUUCUUUUCUUUUUGUUUUCUUUCGGGAAUUUGUGGCGUAACGCAUCGAGUUGGAUGGGGGAUUUGCUUUGCUUUGCUUUCGUGGUAUUGAUAUAAAAGUGGGUUUACCAGAUCAGGUAAUGGGUGGGCAGGGACGGAGUGUAAAUUGGGUUAUUGGGAGGGUAUCCGGUCACAAAUGCGAUGGUCCUCUCACUUAUGUGCGAAUUUGAAGUGAUCGGUAAUGCGAUGAGUGAUAGAUGCUGAAUUCUCAACCAGAACCCUAGUUCCCGUCUUGGAUGCAGCUGCUCUAUUCGCGCUCGGUUCAUGGUUAAGACGG